AUGGGACGUUGCACUAUGUAUCUAGAACUCAGCUCUUUUCAGCAAGACGUAUCUUGUGGUAAAGAAGUAAACAAGGGCAGUGAUGAGCUUGUCAAGAGAAGAAAAGAAGUGUCAGGAAGUGCUGCAGUGGAAGAAAUGGUGAAGAGGAGAAGAGUGGAAGUCGGAGCGGAGGCCUCAUGCCCACAGUCGGGUAUGGGUCGAACUGGAGCCGAGCGUGUUUGCCAUAUGAGUAAAGCAAAGCAUGGAUUUGAAACGAAUUCCUCCAGAGAAGAUGAGCGUGAGUUUAGUCCAGCAUCCCUUACUGUGGGCUGUAACCGAGUGAGUUUGUGGGCACCUGUGGGAUCUAACCUCGAACAAAGAACAGGAACCGGUCAGGCUGAGGGUGCGGUGCAGCUACUGCAGCAGCUGGACCAAAUGGUGAACAAAGGAAACGUGGAGUCAGAAGGAAGAGGUCUCUCCAGGUUCUGGAGAAGGUGCAACAUUCCCGGGAAAUGGUCCUCUUCUGAGCUGUCUUUGGGGAAAAAACUCCUGAGGGGAGGGUUGCUGACCUCAGUCACAGCCCUCAUAGGCUGUGGCUUUUAUCAGCUGAGGAGUGCCAUCUCCAGCCCAGUUUCUAAAGGACUUUUACACACUCCCCUUCUCUCGCGAGGCCUUCCUGGGAGGGACCUUCAGUCCCCUUAA